ACGGCACACCGUGCACACACACCGACCUGAUGAGCAUUUGUGACACAAGAGUUUCUUUUUAUUUUAGUUUCGUUUGGCUUUAUUUUGCCAGUUCAGUGUUUACAGCACAUUGGUGUGGAAGCAACACAACGGUUCUGCAGUAAAUAUGAUUUCAGAAGAAGAAGACAAGGUGCCAUGCCUUAACAUCCUCACCUACCACAGAGAGCUGCUGGUGUCCAGGUUGAGGAGUAUUCAGUGCAUCCUGGACAACCUGUUGGCCUGUGGCUUCGUCUGUGAAGAAGAAGUUGAGAUCAUUCAGCAGACAGUCACCAAGAAAGAUCAGGUACGCAAAAUCUUGGAGCUCGUCCAGUGCAAAGGGGAGGAGGCCUGUGAAUACCUCAUUUACAUCAUAUAUAAAGUAUAUGAUGCAUACAUAGACCUCCAGCCAUGGUUGAAAGAGAUCAACUACAACCCAAGCAGUGACGUAACGUUGAUGACUGUGGUUAACACAGAUCCCAUCAGCAGGUAUUGUGAGAAGUUGAGGCAUGACAUGAGCCGGGACACCUGCUUCAUUAUGUCAUAUGGCCAGAGAGAGGAGACCCGUCUGGAGGACCUAUACACUGACACACUGAUGGAGCUGUUGAAUGACUGCAAUGAAAGUUUGGGCUUCUUGGAGACUCUGGAUCAGCUCCUAGGAGACCAUGCGGUCUUCAAUCCCCAAGGAGAAACCAUCUAUGUGAUGGGGGAUGCCGGUGUGGGAAAAUCCAUCCUCCUGCAGAAGCUCCAGAACCUCUGGUCCAAGAAAGAGCUGCAGACAGAUGCCAUCUUCUUCUUUAAGUUCCGCUGUCGUAUGUUUAGCAUCUUCAAGGACACAGAACAGAUCUCCCUCAGAGACCUUUUGUUCAAAUACAACUGCUCCCCAGAUCACGAUCCAGAUGAUGAAGUAUUUGAUUACAUUUUGCGCUUCCCUGAGAAGGUUCUCUUUACAUUUGAUGGCUAUGAUGAGAUUGAGAUGAAUGACAUGAUGAAUGUUCCUGAAGUGGUGUCACCAGAAGACAAGGCGCACCCCAUUCAACUGCUCACAAGCUUGCUUUGUGGGAAACUACUCAAGGGCUCCCAGAAGGUGCUUACCGCCCGGACAGGGACAGAGUUCCAAAGUAGGGUGCUCAGGAAAAAGGUGGCUCUCCGUGGAUUUUCUCCAGAUCAUCUGAAGACCUACAUUGAUCUGCACUUUAAGGAGCAGGAGCACCGAGAGCUGGUGUCAGUCCAGCUGGAUGCUAGCCCCCACCUUUGUGGCCUCUGCUCCACUCCACUCUUCUGCUGGAUUGUAUUCAAGAGCUUUGGGCACCUGCACACCAUGCAUGAUAGUUUUCAUCUGCCUGAAACCUGCAUCACACUCACAGGCAUCUUCCUACUGCUGUCUGAGGUGUUCCUCAGCCGAUCAGCCUCACCUGCACCUGCUCUGCUGAGGAAAAGCACUCGGUGUGCCUCAGACACAUUCAGAACAGGGCUCAGGCCUCUCGCUGCAUUUGCCAAACUAGCACUUCAGGCUAUGGAGAGAGGUAGCUUCAUUUGUAGCCAAGAGGAGGUCACUGCGUGUGGCCUGACAGAGGACGACCUGUCUCUGGGCUUUCUUAGACCUGUCAAUGAGUAUGAUUCCAGUGGAAGCCCUGCUACAUUUGAAGUUCUCCAUAUCACCCUCCAGUCUUUCCUGGCAGCAUUUGCUCUGGUGUUGGAUGAGGAGGCUGCUGCUAGCUCCAUCCUCAAGUUCUUCACAGAGUGCAGCAGGAAAAAAGAAUUUUCCUGUCUGCCCUUUGACUUCUGCAUCAGUGGCUCUGCAAAGUCCAGUGAAAAGAAGCCAUUUGCAACUAACGAACACCUUCAGUUCACUAAUCUGUUCUUGUGUGGACUGCUGUCCAAGGCUAACACCGGCCUGAUGGAGCAUCUGGUAUCUCCUGUGUCAUUAAAGAAAAAACGAGUCUUACUAAAAUCGUACCUUUCCACCAGCGUAAAGUCCCAUCUCCAUGGCUUACCCCACUACAAAAGUGAAGAGGGCAGGAAAGUUCAUGUUUUGCCCAACUUCCUGUGGAUGCUAAGGUGCAUCUUUGAGACAGGAAGCAAAGACAUUGCUCAGAUGACAGCAAAAGGCAUCACGGCUGGCCUCAUCAAGCUGGGUUACUGUGACGUGUACUCAGGUGACUGUACGGCCAUCAACUUUGUACUGCAGCACCGUCAGAAGCUCCUGGGAGUUGACAUGGACAACAACAACAUCAGCGACUAUGGAGUGAAGCAGCUGAAGCCCUCCUUUUGUAAGAUGACAGUAGUCAGACUGAGCGUCAACCACCUGUCUGACAGCAGCAUUGAGGUUCUUGCUGAGGAGCUGUGCAAGCACAAAGUUGUGGAGGUGUUGGGGCUUUACAAUAAUCACAUCACAGAUGUUGGAGCCAAGCUAGUUGCUCAGAUACUUGAGGAAUGCCCAAAGCUGCGAAUGUUAAAGAUUGGUAAAAACAAGAUCACUAGUGUCGGUGGGAGGUACUUGGCCAGCGGGAUUCAGAGGAGCACUUCUAUAUUUGACGUGGGAAUGUGGGGGAACAGCAUUGGUGAUGAGGGAGCUGAAGCAUUUGCAGAAGCUUUGAGACACCACCCAAGCCUUACCAACCUCAGUCUCUCAGCCAAUGGCAUCACAUCUAACGGUGGGAAGUGCCUGGCAGAAGCACUGAAAGAGAACAGUGUCCUCAGGAUAUUCUGGUUAGUGCAGAAUGAGCUGACUGAUGAUGCAGCUUCACACUUGGCUGACUACGUACGUGCAAACACAGGCUUAACCCACCUCUGGUUAAUCAGCAACCAAUUGACUGUGGUUGGGAUCAGACACCUGGCUGAGGCUCUGACUCACAACACAGCACUCAAAGAGAUAUGUCUGAAGGGAAACCAGCUCUCUGAGGAGGAAGAGAAACUGUUUGUGGCAGAGAAAAGGCUGCGGUUCCACUGAUGCAUGCACACUGUUGGCACACUCAUUUGGUACAGUAUGGUGUGUGAUUUCACCUGGGUACAGCUGUUUGGUUAUGGGCACUAUGAUGUCUGACUAUAAUGAAAUGUAAAUACUGUAUUUUCGUCAUUCAUUCAUUCAUUGUGGAUGAAACCGUUUUUGCACUGAGGAAACUGAUGAUUUUACCUUUCGUGUUGCUGAUGUUUACAAAAUAUUUGUCAGUUGACAUGACUGUCAUGAAAAAGGAAGUGGCAAAACAAAACAGAGCAAUGACUUCCUCCUUCACAAAACUUUUUACAGACUUUGGGUACGUCUUUGUAUUUGUAUGCCACAUCUACUCUAACUUUGUUGUAUUUAUUAUGUAACUUGUAGUUUUCCACAUAGCUGAUUGAAUGUAGUGACGUGUACUUCAGCAUGAAGAGAGUGAAUCCUGUUUACUGUUUGGGUGAUAGCUAAUUGUACAGAGAUAUAAAGAUAUGUUGAUAACUUGAUUCCAAUAAGAAUGUAGUCUGUUGCAUAAAAUCUGUGUUUGAAUUCCUCCUGAUGCACUGUGUGUGAAAGCUGAGGACAAAACAUGGAGCUUAGUUCAAUCUUAAGACCUUGUUGCUCUCUUUAUUCUCUCUGAUCUUUUUCACCCUGUGGAUCUUUUUCACAGCAGAUAAUUUAACUUGCCCUUACAGGCUAAAUGCAUGUGGAACUUAUUAAAUGAAUUAUGGCUAGAUGCCACUCAAGUGUUUCAAUAAUGUACAGCAUGACAGUGAGCUGCAUGGAUGAUGGCAGCUCUGAAACUGACACUUAUAUGGAAGGUUGCAAAUGACACUCUUUGUCACCCAAUGCUUAACGGGACACUCAGGCAAUUUAGUAUUACACCUUCAUACAUAAGGGCACUAACAGAGACACAUUUAAUAAAAGCAAAAUCAAAGUAACAGUUGUUGAGGUUAUACUGAUUUAUAAUCCUUAGUAUGGGUCAAGUUCCAGAAACACUAGAAACUACAUUUUCCACAAUGCAUUAACCUCCCUUCCUGGUAAAUACUGACAGACUUAAAGGUAAAGACUUAAAGGCCUUAAAGGACGUAAAGGUAGUUCAACUAUCUGGUAUGGGACCACCACCACAAUCAUUAUUAAUCACUGACCCCAGACAGUCUUUCUUGAAAGUAAACAUUCACUAAGCUCCAUGUUUGACAGAUUUGCUUUUGGAAAGAUAAGUAGAAUCAUUCUUUAAGAGAUUCUACCAGACUAACUGAAUUUCCCCUCGGGGAUAAAUAAAGUAAUUUUGAUUGAUUUUGAUAGAAUAUGAAACUCCUCAGGCUGAUUAGACUGCACAAAAAUAACAUGGCAUAAAAAUUAAAUGAAUACAAAGGAAUAAUUGGUAUCCAAAAGAUUCACUCUUAAUUGCUCUUUGUAUGUUGCUCUUUAAGAAAAUAUAAAAAAUAAAGUUCUGUGCAAAAGUCUUAGGCAGGUGUUGAAAAAUGUCUUGAAGAAUUGAUAGAAUGGUUUGAAGGCAAAGGGUGGUCACACCAAAUAUUGAUUUGAUUUAGAUUUUUAUUCUGUUCACUCACUUUGCAUUUUGUUAAUUGAUAAAGAA